GCUAGGUGUUUCUACUCCUGUGUUGAGCUGUCAGUCAGCUCUUUGAGCAGAAACAAUGAAGACACUGGGCCUUCUACUUAUUGUCAUUGCUGGAGUCCGUGGAUUAUCUCCAGCACGAGAACCCAAUGACAUCAAACAUCCUGCACAAAAGCCCAAUGGCAUCAAACAUCCUGUACAAAGGCCCAAUGACAUCCAAGGUCCUGCACAAAAGCCCAAUGACAUCAAACGUCCUGAUAAACGCUGGUUGAAUGAGUUUGAUGAUAAACUGCUUUUUACAUGUCCCUCAUUUAAUACAAUAGAUACAAUUAGCAGUCAACAUCACAGUUACUAUGAAGAUCGUUUGUGGGAUUUCAAAUGUAAGGGAACAUUCAGUGAGCUACCAGCUUGUUCAUGGACUAACUACGUGAACAACUUUGAUGAAGAGUUUACCUUCACCUGCCCAUUUGGCUCCAUUAUCAGUGGUACCGAGGCUUAUCACAACGACUAUCAUGAGGACAGGAGGUGGAAGUUUUUUUGUUGCCGUGUAAACAAUGCCUGCAAUGAUCAGUGUUUCUGGACAGACUAUGUCAAUUAUUUUGAUGAUUACUUCAGCUGGAAAGUUCCAGACUCUAGCUACCUUGUGGGCGUUUCCAGCUAUCAUGAUAACUAUCGAGAGGACCGUCGGUGGAAAUAUCUGUAUUGCACCCAAAAGACAUGUUAACACAAUGGAGGGCUGCAGGAAAAGCACUCACCCAUACCGAAACAUUCAUUAUACAGAAAUAU